AUGACCGCGGGCGCCGGCGUGCUGCUCCUGCUGCUCGCGCUCCCCGGCGCGCUCCGGGCCCACGAUGCAGAUCUUACGGCCAGAGAGACUUGCAAGGCUGGCUUCUCAGAAGAAGACUACACCGCCUUGAUCUCGCCCAACGUUCUAGAAGGAGAGAAGCUACUCAAAGUUGAGUUCAGCAGCUGUUUGGGGACCAAGGGCACCCAAUAUGAGACCAACAGCCUGGACUUCAAGGUGGGGACGGACGGGACGGUCUUCGCCACCCGAGAGCUGCAGAUCCCGUCGGAGCAGGUGGCGUUCACGGUGACAGCACGGGACCGCCAGACAGCCGAGCAGUGGGACGCCCUUGUGCGGCUGCUGGUGGCCCAGACCGCGGCCCCGCACUCUGGACACAGGCCAGAAAAAGGGCAGACGAGUGUGGUUCUGGCCCCCUCUCAGCCCCCUCGGGACAUGCUGCUGCCGUGGGCCCAGCCCCAGAGCUCCAGAGGCCUGAGGCGGCAGAAGCGGGACUGGGUCAUCCCCCCCAUCAACGUGCCGGAGAACUCGCGAGGCCCCUUCCCGCAGCAGCUUGUGAGGAUCCGGUCCGACAAAGACAAUGACAUCCCCAUCCGGUACAGCAUCACAGGCGUGGGCGCCGACCAGCCCCCCAUGGAGGUGUUCAGCAUCGACUCCAUGUCCGGCCGGAUGUACGUCACGAGGCCCAUGGACCGGGAGGAGCGGGCCUCCUACCAUCUCCGAGCCCACGCUGUGGACAUGAAUGGCAACAAGGUGGAGAACCCCAUCGACCUGUACAUCUACGUCAUCGACAUGAACGACAACCGGCCCGACUUCCUCAACCAGGUCUACAACGGCUCUGUGGACGAGGGCUCCAAGCCAGGCACCUACGUGAUGACCGUCACCGCCAACGACGCAGACGACGCCACCACAGCCAACGGAAUGGUGCGCUAUAGGAUCGUGACCCAGACGCCACAGAGCCCGUCUCAGAACAUGUUCACCAUCAACAGCGAGACUGGGGACAUCGUGACAGUCGCGGCCGGCCUGGAUCGCGAGAAAGUCCAGCAGUACACAGUCAUUGUCCAGGCCACAGACAUGGAAGGGAAUCUCAACUAUGGCCUCUCAAACACAGCCACAGCCAUCAUCACAGUGACAGACGUGAACGACAACCCGCCAGAAUUCACCACCAGCACGUUUUCCGGAGAAGUCCCAGAAAACCGGGUGGAGACGGUGGUGGCCAACCUCACUGUGAUGGACCGAGACCAGCCCCACUCACCCAACUGGAACGCCGUGUACCGCAUCAUCAGCGGGGACCCCUCGGGACACUUCAGCGUGCGCACGGACCCCAUCACCAACGAGGGCCUGGUCACCGUGGUGAAGUCUGUGGACUAUGAGCUGAACCGUGCCUUCAUGCUGACCGUGAUGGUGUCCAAUCAGGCGCCCCUGGCCAGCGGGAUCCAGAUGUCCUUCCAGUCCACGGCAGGGGUAACCAUCUCCGUCACAGACAUUAAUGAGGCGCCCUACUUCCCGUCCAAUCACAAGCUGAUCCGCCUGGAGGAGGGCGUGCCCGCGGGCACGGCGCUCACCACCUUCUCCGCCGUGGACCCCGACCGCUUCAUGCAGCAAGCCGUGAGGUACUCAAAGCUGGCCGACCCCGCGAGCUGGCUGCGCAUCAACACCACCAACGGGCAGAUCACCACUGCAGCUGUCCUGGAUCGCGAGUCCCUCUACACCAAGAACAACGUCUACGAGGCCACUUUCCUGGCAGCCGACAACGGCAUCCCCCCGGCCAGCGGCACCGGGACCCUGCAGAUCUACCUCAUCGACAUCAACGACAACGCCCCUGAACUGCUGCCCAAGGAGGCACAGAUCUGCGAGAAGCCAGGCCUCAACGCCAUCAACAUCACCGCCGCCGACGCCGACGUGGACCCCAACAUCGGCCCCUAUGUCUUCGAGCUGCCCUUCGUCCCGGCUGCUGUGCGGAAGAACUGGACCAUCACCCGCCUGAAUGGCGACUAUGCCCAGCUCAGCCUGCGCAUCCUGUACCUGGAGGCGGGGGUGUACGACGUCCCUGUCAUCGUCACCGACUCCGGGAACCCUCCCCUGUCCAACACGUCGGUCAUCAAGGUCAAGGUCUGCCCUUGUGACGAGCACGGAGACUGCACCACGGUUGGCGCGGUGGCCGCGGCCGGCCUGGGCACGGGCGCCAUCGUGGCCAUCCUCAUCUGCAUCGUCAUCCUGCUGACCAUGGUCCUGCUGUUUGUGGUGUGGAUGAAGCGGCGGGAGAAGGAACGGCACACGAAGCAGCUGCUCAUUGACCCCGAGGACGAUGUGCGGGACAACAUCCUCAAAUAUGACGAGGAGGGCGGCGGCGAGGAGGACCAGGACUAUGACCUCAGCCAGCUGCAGCAGCCGGAAGCAAUGGAGCACGUGCUGAGCAAGGCCCCAGGGGUGCGGCGUGUGGAUGAGCGGCCGGUGGGCGCCGAGCCCCAGUACCCAGUCAGGCCCGUGGUGCCGCACCCGGGGGACAUCGGUGACUUCAUCAGUGAGGGACUGCGAGCCGCAGACAACGACCCCACGGCGCCUCCUUACGACUCCCUGUUGGUCUUCGACUAUGAGGGGAGCGGCUCCACCGCGGGCUCCGUGAGCUCCCUGAACUCGUCCAGCUCCGGAGACCAAGACUACGACUACCUGAACGACUGGGGACCCCGGUUCAAGAAGCUGGCGGACAUGUACGGAGGGGGCGAAGAGGACUAGCGGCCCACGUGAGACGGCUCUGGAGGC